AUAAUACCAAAUAUAAAGAACGACAGGCAAAUAAUAGACCUUAAAAGACAAGCAAUAAUUCUCUAUAUUUCAAAUAAAAAAAACCAAAAAUUAACAUGUAACAUAUUACAAAUUAUGGAGGAAAGUAUGAUAAAAUGUUUUUGUAAAUGUAUUGAUGAAUUUCCGGAAAUCUGUUUUAAUUCUGCAAUAAUACCUUUGAAACUUUCAAAAACUUCAUCAUGUGAAUGUGAUGACACAAAUGGUAAUGAAAUCUAUUAUCAUCGUAGAUUAUUUAUAAUUGCCAAGUAUCAAGAAAUAAGGGUGUAUAUAAAAAAAUUACGUAUAGAACGACAUCGAUUAAAAAUUGAGAAUGAGAGAUUAAAAUCUGUAUUAAAAAAACUAGGAAUAAAUUUAAACGAUGUAUUGCUUACUGAUCGAGUCAUAAAUUAUGGUUGUCGAAAAAAUAGUAAUCGAUUAGAACAAAACGAAGGAAAAAUUAACAAACAGAUCAAAGAUCUGGAAGAUAAAUUAGAGAAAUGUGAUACGUAUGAGCGUAUUGAAAAGGAUAUCGGAGACGAUCAGAGAACUGAGUUCACUGAGGUUGAAAACAAAUCAUCAUAUGCGGGUGUGAAUCGUUUGAGAGCACAGAUAAGAGAACUGAAAAAAAAUGAAAAAGCAGUUGCGGAUCAAAAUCAUCCGGUGACAAUUGCACAGAGGCCAAUUGAAACAGGAACUAUACUUUCAAAGACUGACGAUAAUUCUGGGAUAGAAAAAGAAGCUGUACAUCAUUCCUUGAUUGCUACAAAGAGUAGCAAAGAAUUCACUCAAGAAUUGGUUGUAGAAGGAAAAAAACUACUAAAACCUGAACUAAUAACCGAGGAGUUACAAGAAAAUUUGAAAGCAACAAGACAUGAAAAGAAGAAAGAAAAUAUUGAGAAUAUAACAAGUCUAACAAACUGUCGAGAAGAAUUGGCCAAAUUACCGAGCGAUAAUUUAAAGCUUGAGGAUGAUCUUCAAAGACUUAAAAAACAGAAUGUAGCCUAUGAAGACGAAUUAUUUAGUCUUUCUAGACAGACAGAAUUGAUAGGUACUCCACAAAAGACCGUUCAAUUGAGUGAGAAAGAUUCAACAUCACAACAAUUUCAUCAGCAAGAUACUGAACAAGAGAAUAUUAAACUAAAACAGCAGUUAGAAAAGUUCCAAAAAAAAAUAUUUGAGUUGAAUGCAGAGAAUUUACAGUUGAAAAAUGAUCUUAAGAAUUUAAGAGAAAACAAUGGAAAUGUGGAAGGGAAAUUAAAUUUACUUGAAGCUGUAAGUGGUGAAGAAGAUAGUUUCAAGUUUAAGUUUGAAAAGUGUCUAGAGGAAGUGAAUAAAUUAAAAGUCGAAAAAUUAAAGUUGACGAAUGAUUUUGAAGAUUUACAAAAAUUGACUGGGGUAAAAAAAAAUUUCAAAAGUCCAGAAGUAACAUCUGGUGAUGAAGAAAUUAAACAACUUAGAUUAGAUCUAGAAAAUUGUCAAAGAGAAGUUCAUCAACUGAGAAGUGAAAAUUCAAAUUUGAAUGAUAGUCUUCGAAAUCUGAUACAGGAGAAAAAAAACAUAGAAAAUAUAAUUAAUUUUCCAGAAAAUUUAAGUGACAUUUCAGAAGAAAGAUCUGAUAUGUAUGGUGAGAUAGAACAUAUAUUAGCUGAUGAUAAUGAUGAAAUGGAAUAUCGAUUUGAUCAACUUAAAAAAACAAACGAGAGUUUGAAUAAGGAAGUAGAUGAAUGGAAAGAGAAAUACAACAAAUUGAGUGAAGACAUGGAUAUAAAAUUGAAUGCUUCGGAAGCCUUAAUUAGAAAGUUAAGAAGGCAGUCAGAAUUAUCUGAAGAAUCAGAAAAAUUAUUGGGUCUAGAACGUGCAAACAUUGAUGACAAUUUAAAUCAAUUGAUUACAGAAAAUAAAAAAUUACAAGGAGAAAAUGAUGAGUGGAAAAGGAAAUAUAAAAAUUUAGAUGAAGAAUUGAAGGAACUGGAAAAAACUUAUCGAGAUAACGAAACAGAAAAUAAGAAUAAUUUAGAAGCUUUGAAAAUUUUGGAAACCAAGUAUAAAAACUUAGAAGAAGAAUUAGUAAGAAAGAAAAGGGAAAGUUCUAUGCUUGAAACUGAAAGGAAUAAAUAUUCAGACGAGAAGAAUGAAUUAUUGGAGAAAGAGAAAAAAGAAAAGAGUACAAGUGAUAAUUUAAAAGAAUAUUCAAUGACACUUGAAGGACAAUUACAAAAAUUAAAGGAACAUGGAGAAUCUCUACAGAAUGAGCUUGAACAAAUGAGUAAAUCCUUGGAAAGUACUACAACAAAUGAAGAAAUAUUGAAGGAGAAGCUUGAAGAAUCAAUGUUGAAUAAUAAAAAUUUAGAAGAGUCCUUAAUACAACGAGAAAAAGAAUUAAAAAGUAUUAAAGAUGAUAUUGAUAAGAUGAAAUUAGUUAAUGAAGAAUUGAAAGAAAAAUUAAAACGAGCUCACAUCGAAAAGGAUUCAUUGCAAAAAAUGCUCCACGAUGUACAAAAAGAUUAUGAUGAAACCAAGGAAUCAUCAGAAAGUAUAUCAUUCGAAUGUGUAAAUUUAAAGAAGGAAAAAAAUGAAUUGAACUCAAAAAUUAACGAAUUACAAGCAGAUUUGCAAGAUUCCUAUGAUAGAAUAAAAGAGCUCAGUAGUAAAUUAGAUGAAGAAAUAAAAAAAGUGAAGGGAUUGACGCAAGAUAUUAGUGACGCUAAAGAUCAAGUAAAAUUAAUGGAAAGUAAAUAUUCCGACUGGGAAAACUUGAAAAAGCAGUUGGAGAACGAUCUGGAUUUAGUUAAAAAAGAAGAAGAAAAUACGAGAAAUCAAUUAUCUUCUGAAAAAGAAGCAAAAGAAGCAGUCCAAAACGAAUUGUUAACACUAAAGAAAGAUCUAAAGGAUUUAAUUUCCGAAUUAGACAAUAUGAAAUUAGAUAAUGAUAGGCUAAACAAAGAACGAGAUGAUUUGAAGCAACAAUUAAUAAGUAAAGAAGAUCAUUUGUUUAACAUUGAAGCUGAAAAUAAUGAUUUGAGGACAAAGAAAGAAGAUUAUGAGCAACAAUAUAUUGUAUUAAAUUCAGACAAUACAAGUUUAAGACAAAAAAUUGGUGAUUUAGAAGGAGAAUUAGAAAGUUGCAGAUCAGAAAUUUCUCAAAGGAAUCAGGAAAUAAAUAAAUUAAGUUCAGAAUUAAAAACUGAAGUGAAUAAAGUUGAUAAAUUAGAAAAUGAAUUGUUAAAAUAUCAAAAUAUUGAAAAUAAAUUAAAUGAUGUAGAGAAAACAUUGACUGAUGUAACUCGUGUUAAAGAUGAUGCUUUAAUGGAAAUUAACGAAUUGCAUGAAGAGUUAAAAUUGUUAAAAAAAGAGUUAACUAAAUGUCGUGACCAGAAUGAAAAAUUACAAGAAGAGAUAGAAGAUUCAAAGAAGCAACAGUCGAUUCUCAGAAAAAAUUCUAAUGAUUUAAAGGAAGAAAUUUCGGCUCUAAAAAGUGCUCGAGAAAAACUUCAAAAUGAUUAUAAUGAAUCCUUAAAUAAGUCUUUAGGUUUUGAAGAUAAUCUUCAGAAGCUGAUGAAUGAAGUGAUGACAUUAAAAAAAGAAAAUGAUAAUUUAAAAAUUGAGAGUACAGAUGCUCAGAAAAAUGUCGAAGAAUUAAACAAGACAAAUACAAAUCUCUUGUCAGAUUUAGAAGGAGCUAAGACUGAUCUUAAUGCAUGUCAUAUUUUGAAUGAACAAUUGAAGCACAAAUUAGAGAAGCUUGAAGGAGAAUGUAGUGAUAGUAAAGCUAAGAUUGAUGCUUUAAAAGAAGACUUACAAACAUCAAGAAUAAGUCUUUCCAAAGAAAAAACGCAAGUAAAUACUUUAGAAUCGAGCUUAGCAGAUUUGAGGAUAGAGAAAGCGAGUUUAGUAGACGAAUUGAAUCGCUUGAGAAUCAAAAUUGAGACAUUGCAAAAAAAUCUUGUAAGUAAAGAAAAUCAAUUGACGGCAGCGAAAGCUGAUCUAGUUGAGUUUAAUGCUCUUAAAGAUGAAUUGAAUAAAUGUCGUCAGCAUCGAGAUGAACUUCUCAGUAAAUCUGAUACCAUGAAAAAACAAAUGGAGACAUUAAAGGAAGGUGGUAAAAGGGUCAGUGAUGAGCUGGAUGCUGUAAAACCAGAACUAUACGUUUUGAAGACGGAAAAAGAGGAGUUGAAUUCACAAAUAAAAACCUUGGAAAUGGAGUUGAAAGAUUUGAAGAUUGAGAGUGAAAAGAAAAAAGCGUUGGAGAAGGUUAAAGAAGAAUUAGAAAAACGUUUAAUGGAUUCAGAAACAGCGCGUAAUAAAUUAAAGAAAGAAAUAGAAAAUUUAAGACAAAAUUUAAAUGUAGCUAAAGAGAAUGCUGCAAUGAAAGAUGCAAUACAAGAGGAACUAGAUGCUUUAAAGGGAACACUGGCAAAUUUGAGGCAAAGUAUUGAAAUACGUGAUAUUGAAAAUGAUAAACUCAAGACAGAACUCGGAGAAGCAAAAAGCGAAGUUGAUAAACUAAAACUUGAGUCAAAUGAAAUACAAAAUAAAAAUAAAAAUCUUGAUGCUCAAGUAAAGAAUUUAAAUAAUGAGAUAACUCGUUUGGAUAAUGAAGUAAAUCAGUUGAAUAAUCAAAAAGGUCAGUUGGAGAAAAACAUUGGAAAAAAAUCAUCUGAAGUAGAACAGAUGAAGGAAAGAUUGAAAAGUGUGUCAUUAGAACGUGAUAGCUUAAAGGUUGAUGCUGAAAAGAUGAAGCUUGAUCGGGACAAACUCUCUCAUGAUUUGGAUGAAAAAGAGAAAAGAAUGAAUGAUGUUUCAAAAGGUAUGGAUAAGUGGAUGGUUGAGACAGAAAAAUUGGAGAUGGAAAAUAACAGAUUAAGAAGAGAAUUAGAUGAGUUAAAGAACAAUUCAAUUGAUAUGAAAGUAGAUAUGGGCGAUGAAAUUAAAAUUGCAAAAGUGUCAGAGGAUUUAAGUAAUCUACGGCAAGAAUUACAACGAGUCAAAAGGGAAAAUGAUGAAUUAAAGAUUAAUUGGGAAAAAUCAAAGCGUGAUCUUGAUAAAUGUGAACAAGAAAAUGAGAAGUUGAAAAGUGAACUUGGAGGAAUAAUGAAGAGUGUAAGUGAAACAAAGGAUGGCAUUCAAAGAGCUCCUGUUGUACCAAGUAAAGAUGAAAAUGACGAAUCCAAAGAACUGCUGCAGUCUAAAGAUUCAGAAAUACUGAAAAUGGAAAUAGAACGACUACAGACGAAAAAUAAUGUGCUGGAAAAUAGUUUGAAUGACUUGAAAAAUGUUCUUAUAAAUUAUAAAACUGAAAAUAAUAUUCUGAAGUCGGGUAUUGAUGAAACAUCAAAGUUAAAUGAGAUUCUUACCGAAAUGGAAUCAUUAAGAAUGAGAGUUCGAGAUUUAGAAAAAGAGAAUAAAAAAUUAAUUGAUAUCAAGAAAGAGCUAGAGAAAAACUUAGAUAUAAAAAAUACUGAUAUUCAAGGUAUUAAUUUAUUACGAGAAAACUUACAAAAAGAUGUAAAUUUAUCACCAAAAUUACAAUCUGAAGAUCUAAAGAAGUGCAAAGAUGAAAUUAAACGACUUAAAAACGAAUUGAAUACGGCAAAGUUUGAGAAUAAAAUUUUAAAAAGUAGUGAAGAUGAUACUUCGGAAAUGAAUAAAUUAUUAAAUGAAUUAAAUAAGUGGAGAGAAAAUUCGGACAUAUUAGAAGAAGAAAAUAAAUUAUUAAAAAGUCGUAUUAAUAGUGUUGAAGAUGUAGUCCUUAUUGAUCGACCAUCUAAUGACUUAAUAAAAGCCAUUGAUUUUCUUGGCUUACAAAUGGAAAGACAGACGGAAGGUAUUUAUCGUAUUCGUGAGAAUAUGGGUCAUCUGAAGAAUACAGUUUGGCACAGGUUUCCGGAGCCGUUGAGGUCAGAUGAAGAAACUGUAUUUAAUUCACAGGAUCCCUUGCUGAGAAAUAUUUUCCAACAAUCUAAAAAUCUUUCUACUAAUGUUACAAGCGCUGAAAAAGAGUUGGUGGAUCUUGGAAAGGUGUGGAAAAGUUGUUGGGAAGAGAAUCAGAAACUAAGAAAGUUAGUCGAGGACCUGGGUGCCGCCAAUGUUCUCGACACGACAAAGUUGCCUGGAGAGAAUAUAGAAGGUGUUUUUGACCCCAAGAGUUGGUUGGAAUCAUUAACGUUUACCGAGUUGGCUGAUCUUCAUGAUCAAAUUUGUGGUAUAACAUCUAGCUUUGUUACUGAAGACGAUGGUCCUGACACACUUCAAGAAUCUUAUGAAUUUUCAAUUCCUAAAAGAGAUGAUGAUUAUCUUCAACGAAACUACAAUAUGCUUAAUAAAAGGAUAGCUGCUCUACAAAGACAAAUUUCUGAGAAACAGACAGACACAGGAACAAAAAUGAUGAAGCUUCGGAGAACGCUACAGAGAACACAAACAGAGUUUAUGAAAAUUUCUGGUCUUAUGAAUCAAGAAGAGUGUCGUAAUUCUGAGCUUUAUCGUAUUAUGGAAGAAUCACCUUGCUGGGUGAAUAAAUGUACAGCUAAAUGUGCGGAAUAUAUUGAAUUUAUUCCUAAAGUAAUAUAUUGCAAAAAAAAUGAAAUUUAA